AUGGUCGUCCGUUUAAGGCAGAUGGCCGACCAGAAGGAGCCGUUGGAGGGCAGACGACCGUCCACCCUUGCCAGACGGCCGUCCAGAGGUUUCCGUUGGGGCAGAUGGCCGUCCACCCUUGUUAGACGGCCGUCCAUGGGUAGCCGUUGGGGGCAGACGGCCGUCCACCUAGGGCAGACGGCCGUCCGCCCCUGUUUCUCUUGCCUAUAA